CUUUGGCGAAUACGGUGCAGCUAACGUCUUAUCUAGCCGGCUCGACUUGGUUUUAUUAUUUGAUUAUAUGAAUAUAUUAAUAAAGCAAAAUGUCAUAAAGUUAUGAACAUAUUAUAUAUGGACUCACUUUUAUAUUAAGGACUGAAAGCUACACAAUACUAGUAACAAUAGCAGCUUCACUAAUUUUGGCACAUAAUAUAACUCACCUGUGAAAGAAGCUUAGUUAUUAACAUGGCCUUCUCAUUUCUUUCAUUGCUAGCUCUUUCUGUAUUCUUAUUUUCUCCAAAUAAUGUCUAUGCAACAUCGGCAGACACGAACUUCACGUGUUCUGCUGACUCGCCGCCUUCCUGUCAAACCUACGUCACAUAUCGUGCCAGGUCACCUUACAUGAACAUCGGCAACAUAUCUGAUCUAUUUGGUAUCAGCCGGCUGAGCAUAGCAGAAGCUAGCAAUCUCACUUCAGAAAAUGAAGAAAUACUUUAUGAUCAGCUUUUGUUGAUUCCUGUUGCUUGUAUCUGUAACGGGAAUCGUUAUUUCUCUAAUGUUACAUAUGCAACGCAAAAAGGCGAUAGCUUUUAUGUUGUUGCAUCCUCUGUGUUUCAGAAUCUGACCAAUUAUCAUGUUGUUGAAGAUAUGAACCCUGCGCUGAACCCAACCAAUUUGACGGUUGGUGAUCAAGUCGUUUUCCCUUUGUUUUGUAAGUGUCCGAAACAGUUGGAGAAUCGAGAUCGAUAUCUUAUUACGUAUGUAUGGCAACCGGAAGAUGAAAUCUCGAGUGUGAGCACCAUGUUUAACACAAGUUCUGACGAUGUUGCUAACGAGAACAACUUCCGGAAUUUCACGGCUGCUGUGUGUCUUCCGGUUCUUAUACCUGUGUCUAACUUACCGACGUUCCCGCCGCCUCAUCAUCUCUCCGGUUCCGAAACUAAAAUGUCGAAAAAGCUUCGGAUAAUCUUUAUCAUCUUUGGAACAUCUUUCUUUGUUAUCGUUCUGUCAUGGUUUUUGAUCCACAAGUAUCGUUCGCGAAAAUCGAAAAGAGUAUUGGCUCGUAGCGAGUCGUCUUUUGAGUUCACUGAUCUUCUUUACACGAAGAAAGCUGCAAAACAUGAACCGGUUGCACCCAUGAAGAAGAAUCAAGAUAAAUUGCUUCCAGGGGUUUCAGGCUAUUUAAGCAAACCGAUCAUGUACGAUAGGAAAGAUAUCAUGGCAGCAACCAUGAAUCUCAGCGAACGGUACAGAAUUGGUGGCGCGGUUUACAAGGCCACGAUCAACGGUCAGAUUUUGGCUGUGAAAAAAACCCGAAAUGCAACAGAAGAACUCAAGAUUUUACAAAGAGUAAACCACACAAAUCUAGUGAAAUUAAUGGGAAUUUCAUCUAGUUUUAAUGGGAACUGCUUUCUGGUUUAUGAGUACGCCGAAAAAGGCUCGCUCGACAAAUGGCUGUUUUCAAGACAUUUAUCUUCUUCUUUGGGUUCAUCUGUUAAAGUUAACCUCUCAUGGUCUCAAAGAUUGAAUCUAGCGUUAGAUAUCGCUAACGGUCUUCAAUACAUGCAUGAACAUAGUCAACCGAGCAUUGCGCAUAGAGACCUCAGAACAAGCAACAUACUUCUAGACUCCAACUUCAAGGGCAAAAUCGGAAACUUCUCUGCCGCUAGACCUGCUAUAAGCCCCAUCAUGUUAAAAGUCGACGUUUUUGCUUUUGGCGUUAUAUUAUUAGAAUUGCUUUCAGGAAAGAAAGCGAUGGAAACUAGAGAAAACGGAGAGAUUUGUAUGGCAUGGAAGGAAAUUAGAAAGAUAAUUGAAGUUGAAGAUAAAAGAGAAGAAAAUCUACGGUUAUGGAUGGAUCCGAGCUUGGGUAGCAUCUACCCGAUUGAUGCUGCUUUGAAUAUGGCUGCAUUAGCUAGAGCUUGCACAUCUGAGAAGUCUGCAGAUAGACCAGGAAUGACGGAAAUUGUGUUUAAUUUGUCGGUUCUUAGUCAGUCGUAUUCGGAAAUGUAUGAAAGAUCUUCGACUUCUUCAGGUUUAGAAACUGAAGAUGUUCAUAUAAUCGGUUCAGUUAUAGGUCGUUAAAACAUGUACAUGUCAUUGCUCAUUUCAUGUUUUCUUGAAUAUACUUUUGGUCUAUUUGUGUA